AUGGAUGAGAUCUCGCUAUCGCUUGAAGAAACAAACAAGCUCCGUAUUGCUCAGGGCUUGAAGCCUAUUCCCAUUCCAACCGCAAACUCUGAUAGAGAACACACAGCCCUACCACAAAAGGCACCGACACCCGAGGAGCUGAUCGAUCAGUUCAAGGUAAACGGAUACACGCUUCUUGAUGGUGUUGCAGAGGAGGAUCUCGAUGACUGGCUCUCUAACUUGGGAACGUCAAAGUCCCAGCCCCAAUCUUUUCCAGUUGAACCCUUGCCAGAGGAAGCCAUCCCAAAGCUCUCCAUCAACCAUUCGGCUAGGGAAAUCGGUACGCUAUCGGAGGAUGCCAUUUUCACGUUAAAGGACUCAAAUAUCCUGGACGAGGGGAGCGACGGCGACCAGUUGGUGAACGCAGACCUAGAGGCCCAGCGGAAGCUAAAGGAAGAAAUCAAGGAGCGGAAGAAGAUGGGAAAGGUAGGGAAUGUACAGUACCAGGAUGACAGCGAGGAUGAAGCCACAGAGAUUUCAGUGUUGAACGGGGAAACAACCAUCAAGAUCAACGGCGAGGUGGUGGAAGAGGAGGCAGAGAAGCGAAAGAUUGCCUUUUCCUUAGAGGACGAGGACAUUGUUGCAGAGGCUCUGGUCAGUGAUUUCGUGCCCAUAAAGAUGAAAAAGGCGAAGAAAAAAAAGGACUCCUCCAGUCGCAAGCGAAAGCUUGACGAAGAGAUGCAGCCGGUCAAGUUACAAAAGGUAGAGCUCAGCUCGAACGCCUCGCUUGAAGAUGACGACGACGAGCUACAGGCUAUGCUUGCGCUUUCCCGCAAGACGAAGCAAAAGUCGAGAAAGAAGAUGACGCCGGAGCAGUUAGCGGUAGAGGUGAGACAAAUCAGCGAAGAAGAGGAGAAGGAAAAGCGGCGAGUGGAGAAGAUGGCUGCUAGGAAGAACGGUGGUUUGGUGAUUGACGCAACGACCGAGUUCUUAAGUGGUCUUGAGAAUAUCACAUUACCGGAGGUUGAAACCACGGAGGUUGCUGAAAAGCGCGAUGUCGUGCCAGAUAUCCAUACUGAAGAAGCCAUCCCAGUAUCGAUCAAACAAGAGGGUGAUCACACAGAAGAUGUACCCCUAGACGUUAAACAAGAAAACCUGGAAACCAGGCCUAUCCACUUUCUUACUAACGAAGCGGAAACUCCGACAUUUGAUGGCGGUUUGUCCGACACCCUCAGGUUCCUCCAGUCGCGCAACGUGAUCACUAAGAAGAGCGAAACAGAGCUUUCCCGGGAGAAGCAGAAUCGCGAAUGGCAGCGAAAGACGGAGUUGAUGAAGUUGCAGCAGGAAAUUGACCAGCGUGUACAGCAAAGCACCAAAAUAACUGACAAACGGCAUGCCAAGCCAAAUGUUUCCGACGACAAGAAAUUCUUCAGAGAGCUGGAGGACCGUUUGAAGAACUACAACCCAGAGGUGAAGUUAAAGUACACGGAUGACUUCGGAAGGGAGCUCAACACCAAGGAGGCGUUCAAGCACAUGUCGCACCAGUUCCACGGCACAGGUCCAGGCAAGGCAAAAAUCGACAAGACGUUGAAAAAGAUUGAAGAAGAGAGAAAGGCCCGGGAACUGGCAUCAUUGAUAUAA